GAUCCGCUCAGUCCAAUCUCGACUGUCGGCCGGUUUGGAAGUGCGUUUUGGAGUCUCUUCCCGAAGUGACGCAGUUGCCACGUGUUUUUGCAAAAUUGUUGAUUUUCUGCUCUCGGAGCAACGGUUUGGUGCACGCGGUACGCUAUCCAUUGCGGCAUUAGCUGGACACGCGCUUUGGCGGUGAUUGCACGUGAGAAGCGGUUCUAUUUGUGGUGUUUUUGGAAGGAAACAUCAAAUCCCAGCGGAAGACUGUGAGUGGACUGAUUGUAACGGAAACUGAAGACGAGUACUGUAUUCGCGCAAAUUUAAAAUGCCGGCUUCGUUGGUGCUUGAGGAUGGCACGAUCGUGCAUGGGGACAGCUUCGGAGCGAAGGUGGAUUCCGACGGGGAGGUUGUUUUCCAGACCGGUAUGGUGGGCUAUCCGGAGUCGAUGACCGAUCCGUCCUACCACGGGCAGAUACUGGUGCUGACGUAUCCGCUGAUCGGGAACUACGGCAUUCCGGACGAGGAUCUGGACGAACGUGGUUUGAUGCUGCACUUCGAGUCGAAUAACAAGAUUUGGACAACGGGGCUGGUGGUUGGGGAACUGUGCGAGGAACCCUCGCACUGGAGGAGCAAGUUGACGUUGGGGGAGUGGAUGUCCAAGCAUGGGGUGCCGGGGAUAAGUGGCGUCGAUACGAGGGCGCUAACCAAGAAGAUUCGCGAGAAUGGAACCAUUCUUGGAAAAAUAGUCCAGGGUCAUCUGGCGAGUGCCGAAGGAAUCACUUUCAGCAACCAGAAUCUGCGCAAUUUGGUCGCGGAGGUGUCGCUAGCUAGCCCCACCACCUACAACGCCGGUGGAUCGCCCCGUAUCUGUGCGAUCGAUUGUGGACUCAAGUUGAAUCAGGUUCGCUGUUUCAUCAACCGCGGGGCCCGGGUGGAUGUUGUGCCGUGGAACACCGAACUCGAUCCGACCGAGUUCGAUGGGCUGUUUCUCAGCAAUGGCCCCGGUGAUCCGGAAAUGUGUGAAGCGACGGUGGGAAACAUUCGUCGGCUGCUGGGAGCGUCGGUUGUUAAACCGAUUUUUGGGAUCUGUCUCGGUCAUCAGUUGCUGUCCACGGCGGCUGGGUGUAAGACGUACAAGAUGAAAUAUGGGAACAGGGGGCAUAAUUUGCCGUGUAUUCACGCCGGGACGAAGCGAUGCUAUAUGACCUCGCAAAAUCAUGGCUUCGCAGUAGAUGCUUCAAAUCUGCCGACCGGUUGGCAGGAGUUGUUCACGAACAUUAACGAUCAAACGAAUGAGGGUAUUGUCCACACGGAGAAACCGUUUUUUAGUGUUCAGUUUCAUCCGGAGCAUACUGCGGGUCCAGAAGAUUUGGAGGUACUGUUUGAUGUAUUUCUCGACACGGUUAGGGAGUACAAGGGGAACGGGUAUUCGAAGCAAACCGUGGUGGAGCGAUUGAACGAAGCCUUGAAGUAUAGUCCUGAGAGACCGAUCGAUACAAGUCGCCCCAAAAAGGUUUUGAUUCUGGGAUCGGGAGGUCUUUCGAUUGGUCAAGCCGGAGAGUUCGAUUACUCUGGAUCGCAGGCAAUCAAAGCCCUGAAGGAGGAGCGCAUCCAGACGGUACUUAUCAACCCAAACAUUGCGACGGUUCAAACUUCGAAGGGGCUGGCCGACAAGGUUUACUUCCUGCCGUUGACUAAACAAUACGUUGAGCAGGUUAUCAAGGCGGAACGCCCCGGGGGAGUUCUGUUGACCUUCGGUGGACAAACGGCGCUGAAUUGUGGUAUCGAGUUGGAGAAAUCGGGGGUUUUCGAGAAGUACAACGUCCGCAUCAUGGGAACUCCCAUUAUCUCGAUCAUCGAAACGGAAGAUCGAAAGAUCUUCGCGGAGCGAAUUGCCGAGAUAGGGGAGAAGGUUGCCCCGUCCGCAGCGGUUUAUUCGGUGCAGGAAGCCGUCGAGGCAGCCGAUAAGAUCGGCUACCCGGUCAUGGCAAGGGCAGCGUUUUCACUGGGUGGUUUGGGUUCGGGAUUCGCCAACAAUCAGGAUGAACUGAAGGUACUUGCGCUGCAGGCGCUCGCUCACUCCAACCAGCUAAUCAUCGACAAAUCCCUAAAAGGCUGGAAAGAGGUCGAGUACGAGGUCGUCCGCGAUGCGUACGAUAACUGCAUAACCGUGUGCAACAUGGAGAAUGUCGACCCUCUGGGGAUUCACACCGGCGAGAGUAUCGUCGUGGCCCCGUCUCAAACCCUUUCCAACCGCGAGUACAACCUGCUCCGAUCAACCGCGAUCAAGGUGAUCCGACACUUCGGAGUGAUCGGCGAAUGUAACAUCCAGUACGCGCUGAACCCCUACUCGGAGGAAUACUACAUCAUCGAAGUUAAUGCUCGACUCUCGCGGAGCUCCGCUCUGGCCAGCAAAGCCACCGGCUACCCUCUGGCAUACGUAGCGGCAAAGCUCUCCCUGGCGAUCCCCCUGCCGGAGAUAAAGAACUCCGUCACCGGAGUCACCACGGCUUGCUUCGAGCCCAGCUUGGAUUACUGCGUGGUGAAAAUGCCCCGCUGGGAUCUAUCGAAGUUCACCCGAGUCAGCAAACACAUCGGAAGCUCGAUGAAGAGUGUCGGUGAGGUGAUGUCGAUCGGGCGUAAGUUUGAGGAGGCCUUCCAGAAGGCACUCCGCAUGGUGGACAACGUGAACGGGUUCGACCCGUACCUGGAGGCGGUCAACGAGCGGGAGCUGAAGCAACCGACGGACAAGCGGAUGUUUGUGCUGGCUGCGGCCCUCAAAGCGGGAUACACCGUGGAGAAGAUUUACGAACUGACCAAAAUCGACCGGUGGUUCCUGCGUAAGAUGAAGAACAUCAUCGACUACACGGUACGUCUGGAGAAACUAUCCAGCAUCCCCGGGAGGGAGAUGCUGCUCGAGGUGAAGAGGAUCGGGUUCUCGGACAAACAGAUUGCCGGGUUGAUCAAGAGUACGGAGUUGGCGGUUCGUUUACAGCGGAAGGAAACCGGGGUGCUGCCACUGGUGAAACAGAUCGAUACGGUAGCUGGGGAGUGGCCGGCCUCGACCAACUACCUGUACAUGACGUACAAUGCGACGGAGAAUGACGUCGAUUUCCCUGGACAGUACACUAUGGUGAUCGGGUCGGGGGUUUACCGCAUCGGAAGCUCGGUCGAGUUUGAUUGGUGUGCGGUUGGUUGUUUGCGGGAGUUGAGAAACUUGGGACGGAAGACGAUCAUGGUGAACUACAAUCCGGAAACAGUCAGCACGGACUACGAUAUGUGCGAUCGGUUGUACUUUGAGGAGAUAUCGUUCGAAGUAGUUAUGGACAUUUACGACGUGGAACAACCCGAGGGAAUCAUCCUGUCGAUGGGUGGUCAACUGCCGAACAACAUCGCAAUGGAUCUCCACCGGCAGCAGGCUCGGAUUUUGGGCACCUCACCGGAAUCGGUCGAUGGGGCCGAGAAUCGGUUCAAAUUUUCCCGUAUGUUGGACCGCAAAGGGAUCCUUCAGCCCCGCUGGAAGGAGCUAACGAAUUUGGAGUCGGCGAUUGAGUUCUGCGAGGAAGUCGGCUACCCUUGCCUGGUCAGACCUUCGUACGUUCUGUCCGGGGCGGCGAUGAAUGUUGCCUACUCGAAUCAAGACCUGGAGACCUACCUGAAGCACGCUUCGGAUGUCAGCAAGGAGCAUCCGGUGGUAAUCUCGAAGUUUUUGGUUGAGGCGAAGGAGAUCGACGUGGAUGCGGUGGCCGCCGACGGGGAGAUUCUCUGUAUGGCCGUUUCUGAACACGUGGAAAACGCAGGCGUUCACUCGGGUGACGCUACGCUGGUGACUCCACCCCAGGACAUUAACGCAGAAACGCUCGAACGCAUCAAGGAAAUAGCCCGGGAUAUUGCCGCCCUGCUGGACGUUACCGGACCGUUCAAUAUGCAGCUGAUUGCGAAGAAUAACGAACUCAAGGUGAUCGAGUGUAACGUGCGGGUGUCGCGAUCCUUCCCGUUCGUGUCGAAGACCUUGAACCAUGACUUCGUUGCAAUGGCGACGAAGGUUAUCGUGGGACUGAGCGUCGAGCCGGUAGAAGUGUUGCAUGGGUGCGGUAAGGUCGGCGUCAAAGUUCCGCAGUUCAGUUUCGCCCGUCUAGCGGGAGCGGAUGUUAUGUUGGGAGUUGAGAUGGCAUCCACCGGGGAGGUCGCCUGCUUCGGGGACAAUCGCUACGAGGCCUAUCUGAAGGCGAUGAUGUCUACCGGCUUUCAGGUGCCGAAGAAGGCCAUUCUACUCAGUAUCGGAAGCUUCAAGCACAAAAUGGAACUGCUCCCAAGUAUUCGUGUACUACACAAGAUGGGCUACAAGCUGUAUGCGUCCAUGGGCACAGGAGAUUACUACACCGAACAUGGGGUUGAUGUGGAAUGUGUCCAGUGGACGUUCGAUGCGGCCGUCACCGGAGACGAGAAUGGCAGCGCUGGUGAGCUGCGCCAUUUAGCGGAGUUUCUAGCCAACAAACAGUUCGAUUUGGUCAUCAACCUACCGAUGAGGGGUGGCGGCGCGCGUCGUGUCAGUUCUUUCAUGACCCACGGCUACCGAACCCGUCGGCUAGCGGUCGAUUAUUCCAUUCCGCUGGUAACCGACGUCAAGUGUACCAAACUGUUGGUGGAAGCUAUGAAUAGGAUUGGUCGAGCUCCACCCAUGAAAACCCACACGGAUUGUAUGUCCUCGAAGACCAUGGUCAAGCUGCCCGGUUUCAUCGAUGUGCAUGUGCACCUGAGAGAACCCGGAGCGACUUAUAAAGAGGACUUCGACUCGGGUACCGCUGCCGCGCUAGCGGGAGGCAUUACCAUGGUUUGCGCGAUGCCCAACACCAACCCUCCCAUUGUGGAUCGACAAUCAUUCCAGCUGGCACAGGAACUGGCCCAGAAGGGUGCUCGGUGCGAUUAUGCCCUGUUCGUGGGAGCUUCCUCGUCCAAUUUCACCACCAUCAACGAACUUGCGCCGCAAGCUGCGGCUCUCAAGAUGUACCUCAACGAAACUUUUACCACUUUGAAGCUGAACGAUAUGCUGGUUUGGCAGAAGCACCUAGCGAACUGGCCCAAACGGGCCCCCCUCUGUGUUCACGCAGAGCGCCAAUCCACCGCCGCCGUCAUCCUGCUAGCUUCCCUCGUUGAUCGACCCAUCCACAUCUGUCACGUUGCACGGAAGGAGGAAAUCCUGAUCAUCAGGGCUGCGAAAGAACGUGGCAUCAAGAUCACCUGUGAGGUCUGUCCGCAUCAUCUUUUCCUGUCCACAAACGAUUUGGAUCGUAUUGGAAGUGGGAAAGGGGAAGUGCGACCGGUUCUCUGUAGUCCAGAAGAUCAGCAUGCACUCUGGGACAAUCUGGACAUAAUCGACGUGUUCGCUACUGAUCACGCUCCGCAUACUAAGGAGGAGAAGGAAUCCACGAAUCCUCCACCCGGUUUCCCGGGUCUGGAAACGAUUCUCCCCCUGCUCCUGAACGCUGUGAACGAGGGUCGUCUCACGGUGGAGGACCUCAUCGCGAAGUUCUACAAGAAUCCUAAGCGGAUCUUCAGUUUGCCCGAGCAGCCCAACACUUACGUUGAGGUAGACUUCGAGGAAGAGUGGACAAUUCCUGAGACGCUGCCGCACUCGAAGGCUCGCUGGACUCCGUUUGCUGGGAUGAAAGUGAAGGGACGCGUUCAUCGUGUGGUACUCCGGGGUGAGACGGCAUUCGUGGAUGGAGUGGUACUGGUCAAUCCCGGCUACGGACAAAACGUCAGAGAAUGGCCCUUGAAGAAGCCAAUCGUUGCAUCCUCCGUUGAGAAGAUAAACGCAUCACUGGAUGGUUUGGAUUUGCUGUCCAUCACCAAAUCGUUGGAUAACUCCCGCCAGGGACAGGACUUUUGGGAUACCGAUGGACACACGAACGAUGCGUUCGCCAAGUUGCUGGCGGGUGGUGACACGCACAAGCUGGCCGUCCACUUUGGCGAUCCGCAUAUGAGGCCGAUUUCGCCGCUGCCCAGGAUCCGUUGCGACUCGACCGGUAACUACGCGAAGGAUGUUCUCCUUCAUCCGUCCGGGCCUCCGGCCAGUUUGACUCCCAAGGAGAGAAACCUUGCCGGAAAGCACGUGCUGACGGUGGGAAUGUUCAGCAAGGAGCAGCUGAACGAGAUAUUUAACGUGGCUCAAACGAUGCGUGCGAGGGUGACUAAGGACCGGCCGCUGGAUGAUUUGCUCCGGGGUAAGGUAAUGGCUUCGGUGUUUUAUGAGGUCAGCACGAGAACGAGCUGCAGCUUCGCUGCCGCCAUGCAGCGGCUUGGCGGACGAGUUAUCUACAUGGACGAAACGAGCUCGUCGGUGAAGAAGGGUGAAACCCUGGAGGACAGCAUUUCCGUUAUGGCCGGAUACUCUGAUGUGGUGGUGCUGAGGCAUCCCGAACCGGGAGCCGUUUCGCGGGCGGCCCAUCACUGCCGCAAGCCACUGAUCAACGCCGGGGAUGGCAUCGGAGAGCAUCCGACGCAGGCUCUGCUGGAUAUUUUCACCAUCCGGGAGGAGAUAGGUACCGUCAAUGGGCUCACGAUCACGAUGGCAGGAGAUUUGAAGCACGGCCGGACGGUCCAUUCGUUGGCCCGCCUGUUGACCCUGUACAACGUCAACCUGCGUUACGUCAGCCCGGCGAACCUGCGGAUGCCGGAGAGCAUCACCAAGCUGGUGGAGGCCAAGGGAAUAUCACAGAGGAUUUAUGACAACCUGGAAGCCGCGAUCGCUGAGACUGACGUUCUGUAUAUGACCAGAAUCCAGAAGGAGCGCUUCGCUUCUGAGGAUGAAUACAAAAUGUGCUGUGGCCAACUGGUUCUCACUCCGCACAUCAUGACCCGAGCCAAACGCCGCAUGAUCGUGAUGCAUCCGUUGCCGCGGGUUUUCGAAAUUAGCAAAGAGAUUGACAUCGAUCCGAGGGCCGCCUAUUUCCGCCAGGCCGAAUACGGUAUGUACGUUCGGAUGGCUCUGCUUGCCAUGGUUCUUGGUAAGUGCUAAGCUAAGCUGCGCCAGCCGCAUAAAAAGUGUGAAACAAAAGACAGGGAUUUCUUUCGAGGAGAGGAGAAAGCGCCAUUGAGAGUGAUCAAUCGUAUACUGUUUUUUAAAAACAAAAUAUUUGCCCGCAAAAAAUAUAUUCUAUAUACAGACGAAUGGUCUACCUAAA